AUGCUAUCACAAAUCCAGACCGAGACGCCACCUGAGGAUCUGGCUGCUCUGGCUGAGACUCAUUACUUUGCCGCCAACCCACCUCCAAAAGACCUAGAGAAGCAUGUUGCGCUUGCUCGUGACUUCAUCAACUUCCACUCGGCUGCAAAAAGGCGACUUGUGUUAGUUACGUCAGGGGGGACAACGGUGCCGCUUGAGAAGCAGACUGUCCGUUUCAUUGACAACUUCUCUGCUGGAACCCGCGGGGCUACAAGUGCCGAAUACUUUUUGGAGGCCGGCUACGCCGUCAUCUUCUUGCACCGCCAAUUCUCACUCCUUCCCUUCUCCCGCCACUACAGCCAUGCAACCGACUGUUUUCUCGACUUUCUCCGGGAGGGUCCCGAUGGGAGCGUUGUGGCCCGCGACGAGGAUGCGGCUAGGAUGCUGCAUGUCUUGAGGAAAUACCGCAACGCCCGGGAUCGCAACACACUGCUGGUACUGCCUUUCGUCAGUAUUUCUGACUACUUGCAUGAGCUGCGCAGCGUUGCGCAACUAAUGCAACCCCUGGGUCCGAGUGGGCUGCUGUACUUGGCUGCUGCUGUCAGCGACUUCUUCGUACCGCCGGAGCGUAUGUCUGAGCACAAAAUCCAAAGCACUGAUGUUGCCGAAGCUUUCAAGAAGUCCAAGAACGCUCGCGCGCAAAAGACGACGGAAGAUGAAGAAACAUUUGACAACUUCGACUCCUCGCCGGCGGUGCCGAGGAGCAAGAGCCUGGUCAUCGACCUGGACCCCGUACCUAAGUUCUUGAAGAAUCUGGUGGAAGGAUGGUCACCCCAGGGCAUGAUCGUGUCCUUCAAGCUCGAGACAGAUCCUGAGAUUCUGGUGCACAAGGCAAAGUACUCGCUCGACCGUUACCAGCAUCAUCUCGUGAUCGGCAACUUGCUGGCGACACGCAAGUGGGAAGUUGUUUUUGUCUCUCCGUUGUCUCCGGAUCGCUGGAUUCGUAUUCCGAACCCGGCCGAAAGCCACGCCUCUACGGCCGCCGUGGAGAAGGAUGAGCCGGUCGAUCCCAAAAGCCUCCCGGACGGUGAACCGGACACAGAAAUUGAGAGCCUGAUAAUCCCAGCCGUCCAAGAGUUGCACACCAAGUAUAUCCAGACGGUGGAGGCGAAGAAUAAGGCGUAG